UAUGGCAUCACUUUUACUAACGGAAGGAGUCGUAGUCGUGAUUCAGUGCAUUUUCUCAUUUUCCAUCAUUCUCUACUUGUUCAAUAUUGAGAUCUUGGGAAGUACGAGUUUAGCCGUUGGAAUUACUUUGUUGAUGGGAUUGGGAGGAGUAUCAAUGGGAAUGCUGAUUGCUUCCUUUUGCGACGAAGAAAUUUCGGCAGUGAUGUUAGCCAUCGCAACAUUUUUCCCCAAUAUGAUUUUGUCAGGAAUUAUCUGGCCAAUUGAAGGGAUGCCAAUUAUAAUGCAAUACUUAACGUACCUACUCCCCUGCAAAUUGGCGGCCGAAUCGAUCCGUUCCAUCAUUUCGCGAGGAUGGGGAUUUUCGCAUACUGGAGUUUGGCCAGGAUUUGCUACAACGGCGGCGUGGAUUGCCUUUUACUUAUUGCUGACUUUGUUGAUUCAUAAGUUUAGGUUUUCGCAGUUAUAG